UAAAGAACUAUUUUUACGUAAUGAGCGUCAAACGGGUUUUAGAACACUGAACCAAAACCAUACAACAUCAAGAACAAUUCUAAUGUAAUUAUAUUCAUGAUGUGGCCCAUACACGGAAGAUGCUUACUACUGAGGAACUUGCCGACAGUUUUCAAAAAUAAUUGGCCGACCUAAAAUUGAAGCAAACAUUUCAAUGUAGGCGUUUGCAUUAAGCAACAAUCUGCAAACUCCAACUUAAGAGAGGGUCUCUUUCGGACGCAGAGUCAUUGUUUCUGCUUCCAAAAUGUUCUAUAAAUCUCCCAAUAUUUUGUAUAUUUACAAUUCGGAUAACUUCCUCUAUUGGAAUAUUUACUUUUCUUAUUGUUCUUUUGUGAAAAAGACAUCCGAAAUUUCUCAAACCGCAACCUUUUCUUUCUGAUGCUCAAACCGCAUCCCUUUGUUAAGAACUCGUAGUUCCUUAGAAAUAUUAUAGAGAAGGAUAAUUGACAUCUUGUCUACGUAACGUUUCUAAUGUAAAAUUGAAAUUAAUUUCUUUAACAAAAUGUAAAAUUAAUUUCAGUGGAAUAUUUAUUUGGUAAUGGAAAAAAUUUCAAAUAGGAAAUUUAGAGCCUAUUUACUUUAUUUACGUAUUUAAAUUUUAUUUUUCCUUGACUGAUCCAAGAUUCCUAAAUUUUAUUAUUCCUGUCUAGAAGAGAUGAUUUUCCACGAUUUGUAUAAUAUUAUAACGACAAGUUUGCAGUUUUCCGUGUUCACUGAGCAGUUUUCCUUUACAAAUAUUUUAAUAAAUGAUAAUUAUUAUUUUAAUUUUCCUCUUUUAUAGUUUUCAUGACACAUGGGUUGCUGAUAAGGAGUGCAGAGUUUUCAAGUGGUAGUCGUAUAUCAUAUAAAACUAUAAUCUGUACUAUAUCCUGAAUUCUGACCGACUAACUAUAAAAGAAAAAGGAAUUAUUCUCUUUCAGAAUAUGUCAUAUUUGUACCAAACUUAUUUUAAUAUAAAAAUUGACUAUUAUGAAUUUUCUUCCUCUUUAUUAUUGACUUUUCUCCUGCUAGAAUCAAAAUAUAGUCUGGUUUGGUAUAUAAAAGAGUGAUACUUUUGUUUUUUUAUUCUCUUAUAAUGAUGUUGAGAUAUAUUAGUCCAGUAUUUUCGUUCUAUAAGAAAAAGCAUGUUAAUUUCUACGAGGCUUCUUAGUCAUUUCAUAAGCAUAUUUCUUAAGCCUAUUCAUACGUGACUUUCCUGAAGUCCUCUUAGAUCAAGAUAACAAAAUUUGGUCCAAAGUUUGUGGUAAACUUUGGUAUGAAGGUUUAAUUAUUACCACUUGGUGGAAGAACAUUUCAGAUUACUAGUCGAAAAUGUUUUAAGACUGGUACGAGUCCACCUAAUGGUGACAUGUUAUAGGACUUAUCUUGGUCUACAGAGUGGAGCAUAACCAUUUGAUCCCAAAGUAUAUUAUUCAACCAUAGGAUCAUAAUGAAUGUAUAUAUGUUGUAGCUAACAAGUUUUGUAAUGACCUACACCAAUUUAGCUGCUGUGUUUAGAGAUAAUUCUCAACACUUGCUCGUGAGCAUCAACUUCUCCAAGCUCGGUUUGGUACUUACUACACAUGAUAACAAUCGUAGAAGUCAAAACAAGUAACUUAUAAUAUCCACUUAAUUAGUCCAAAGUAGAAACUGUGGCACAACUUAUUUGUUGACCCUUACAAUUAAAGCGAUCAAAAUUAGUUGCUUGCAACAUUGUGAAAAAAUCAAAAUGGUAUAAAUAUUUAAAUUUACCAAAGAAAAAUAAAAUUAAAAUGAUCAAAAUGCAUUUAAGUUAAACUCUAUGGCAUGGCAUUGAAUUUCGUGUUCACCACCAUCUAGUAUGACACCAAUUCGCGGAUCCGAAUGUUAGUCUACUAGAACUGCUUCAUCGUGAAAAUUGAAGUUUUUUCCCUAAUCUAAACGCCUUUUUUUUGCUUAAGUUUCGUGUUCACGCAUAUUAAAACCAGCAUAUAGAUACUCUUUUUAUUUUACCCUUAAUAAUGCACUUAUGUAUAAAUUAACUGUUCCAAUAAAAACUUAAAAUAAUAAGGAUAAACCUAAAAUUUGUUUAAAAAUCUGUAUUAAAUGCAAAACGCCUUUUCGUGUAACAAAACUAAAAUCCCAGAAAAGGAUGGUUCGCUGGAGUUUUCAGAUGAUUUUGAAGUACCUUCGAUUAAUAAGCUCUAUUAAAAUAUUCGUGUAUAUAUAUAUAUAUAUAUAUAUAUAUUUGAUCAAACUAUUGUACACGUGUAUAUUUGUGUAACAUUUAAUGGACAACUAGAUCUUGACCCGCACUCCCGCGCAGAUAUUAGAUUUAAUUUGCGUUCAAUGUAAAUUUAUAAACCAUUGAUUUUAUAAAAUGUCCAUUUAUAUUUUUAUGUUUUGUAAAAUAUAUUUAGAGUAGGAUAUAUUAUAUUAUAAUAUAGAUGUUUGAUAAUAAUUUUAUUAUCUGCACGUAAUAUUAUAUUUAUAAUUUUAUAACUUGAUGCAAUUUGAUCUGCUAUCUGUGUUUCCAAAUAAUUCUCAUUUAAUCUGCUUUCCAAAAUUUAAAAUAGUAGAAUCAAUAAAUGAGAAAUAAAUACAGUGACUAAAUAUAUAAAAAAAAAACAUUUAAUCUGCUAUCUUUGUUUCCAAACAACUUUAAUUUAAUUUACUAUAUAAAUUUUUAAACAGUACCAAAAUGUAAUUCAGUUUUAAUAAUAUAGAUAAUAAGCAGACAUUGGUGUGACGUCAUCUGACUAACUAGCCGUGCAUGGAUUGGCUGCUGUAGAAAUUUCUUCACUCUGUCUACUUGAAACUGACAUGUUUAUAUCACUUUAAUACUCCUAUAACAUGUGGUUAUUGAACAUGCUGGAGUAUAUAUAUAUACGUGCUUAAUAGGCUGUAUCAUUGAUAUAUAACACCUUUAAAGCUUUUCUAACUUGGAACUAAAGAAUGGUCAGUCUAACGUUCUUCAGUUCGGCCUCAUCUUUAUCCUCUUCUCCAUCAAAAAUUGUCAAGUCUAGUUUAGACUUCGAGUUGAAGAAACUUGGUGGCUGCACAAAACUGGUCCGCAAUGUGAAUUUGGAGAAACUAAAGAACAACUAUUUGUUUCCCGAAAUAAGCAGACGUGAGCUUGAGCACGUUAAAAAGCAUCCAAAUGUACAAUUAAUAAGCCUUGGGACUGGUGAUACAACAGAGCCUAUACCGAAGCAGAUCACCUCAGACAUGUCUAACUUUGCACAUGCCCUAUCAACUGUGGAAGGAUAUAGAGGGUAUGGCCUGGAACAAGGUGACAAGGUUCUUAGGAAAGCUAUUGCUGAUACGUUCUAUGGACAUUUGCGCGUGAAAAGCAAUGAAGUUUUUGUAUCAGAUGGUGCACAAAGCGAUAUUUCUCGUAUUCAGCUACUCCUAGGUUCCGGUGUCACAAUUGCUGUGCAAGAUCCUACCUUCCCAGCUUACAUAGAUUCAAGUGUAAUUAUUGGCCAGACUGGUAAUUUCCAUGAAGCAACCAAGAAGUACCAAAACGUUGUCUAUAUGCCUUGUGGACCUCAAAAUAGUUUUUUCCCUGAUCUAUCAAAGACUCCAAGAACUGAUGUCAUCUUCUUUUGUUCUCCUAAUAACCCUACUGGUUAUGUGGCUUCAAAAAGACAACUACAUCAACUAGUAGAGUUUGCAAAGACCAAUGGCUCUAUUAUUAUUUUUGACUCUGCAUAUGCUGCAUUUAUCGAAGAUGGCAGCCCACGUUCAAUAUAUGAAAUAUCUGGUGCUCGAGAGGUUGCAAUUGAAAUUUCAUCAUUCUCUAAGUUUGCUGGUUUCACUGGUGUUCGGCUUGGUUGGACUAUCAUCCCUGAUGAGCUCUUGUACUCUAAUGGUUUUCCCAUUAUAAAUGAUUUUCAUCGCAUUGUGACAACUUCCUUCAAUGGAGCUUCAAAUAUCGCUCAGGCGGGUGGGUUAGCAUGCCUUUCUCCUGUUGGCCUUAAGGAGAUACGCUCGGUGAUCAAUUACUACAAAGAGAACAGACAGAUACUAAUGGAGACUCUGGCAUCGCUCGGCCUUACGGUUUAUGGUGGCAUAAAUGCUCCAUACUUGUGGGUUCACUUUAAAGGAUCAAAAUCAUGGGAUGUGUUUGCUGAGAUUCUUGAAAAGACUCACAUAAUUACAGUCCCUGGCUCAGGUUUUGGACCUGGUGGAGAAGAAUAUUUAAGGAUCAGUGGGUUUGGACGUAGAGACGAUAUGGUUGAAGCAUCGAGGAGGUUGCGAAGUUUCUUCAACACUCGAACUAAGCAUUUUCCUUUUCUCUCUUCCGCUUCUAAUACAAACUAAGUUGAACGCAUCUCGGGAGUCGGGACUUAUAUUUACCUUGCCUUGAAUAAUACCUCCCACUUGUAUGAUGCAUAUUACUAUGAAUGUGAUAUUUUUUUAUAGUUUUCCCACAUUCUUUUCCAUUUGUACAUUUAUGUUGAAUCGAUUCCUCCGAAGUGACUCUUGGAUCAGGAAUCUACUUAGUUC